AGGUGUACUCGGUGAACCCUGCAGCGGCACCCGUGGCCCCAAGAGACGUUCCCAUUCCGGCAACCGGCCAAGAUGAGUAUAAGAUUAUACUUCCACGUUUUCCAUCUGGGGCCUUGUGCGUAAAUUCGGUCUUCCUCCACGCUGACCUCACGGGUCGGCCCUACCGUGCAGUUGACUUUCGCGAUGGACUUAGAGGAGUCGUCGACCUCAACGAAGUGGUGUCUCUCGGGCAAUUUCAGAUGAGCCAUGUGUGGAUGGCGACGCUGGUUAGUCCAGAAGCCACCGAAAAGUUGACAACCGCGAAAGAACUCAGCGUAAAAGGGAAAAAGUGUUUAAUCAUCGACCCGAACUCAAAGGACGUGAAGCUCAAGCUACUCUGGCUGCCGUCAUACUUAGAAGAUAAAAAGGUCGUUGAAGCCUUAGCACCGUUCGGCACGGUUCGAAGCAUGGCGCGAGAAAAGUGGCGCGUGCCAGGAAUGGAGAACAUGGAGACGCUGAACAGGGAGGUCUGCCUAACGCUGCACGACACCGUGACGUCGGAAGACAUCCCUCACCUACUGAAGGUUUCCGGCAUACAAUCCCUCCUGGUGAUGUCGGGACGACCACCCUUGUGUCUACGAUGCAAGAAGGUCGGUCAUAUUCGACGACAGUGCCGUACUCCAAAAUGCGCACGUUGUAAUCGAUUUGGGCAUGAGAGCGACGAGUGCUUUUCAAGCUAUGCAACUGUAGUACGAGGCUCUGGAAACGACCCUGACGCCAACCCGGAACUUUUGAUGGAUAUUUCCGAGGUCGUAGAUGCUAGCGGAGAUGUUCUCUCCACUCAAGCGCAGCCCAGAGAGGCACUGCCUCAGAGUUCCGGCGAGAGCGAAACGCAAGUUGAAAAAGAAGCUUCGGAGGUACUCCAAGACACAACAUCGACAGAAGCCGUGAAAGAAUUUUCCCAGGAAGGACCAAUCAAGGACACCUUGUCAACACCGGAAACGGAGGCACCGAAACAGUCAGCGGUGUCUGCAGACGGACUUACAACGUUUGACAACAAAAGUGACCCGUCAGCAAUGGACCUAAGCCCCAGCACGUGCAAGGACAAUAGUGACACCAAGAGGAAAAAACACCCGCCUGACACCAUCGCGAGUAAGCGAAAAACCUCCCUUGCACACUAG